GUCUUUCGAUAUGCGGCUUGGGGUCCCCGAGCUGGAUUUUGUAGAGGACCACCUGCAAGACGACGGUGAAGACCCAAGUGGGCCCAAUCACCUCUGGACCUCGGCUCGUUGAUAGCUGACCCCACCCCUCCAGCGCAGCUCUGGCCAGUGGCCACUUAGUAACUGGCAACGAGCAACGACCAAGAGUGUGCCUAUCUUGAUGAUUUCUCUCGUUUUUCUCUUUUGGGCGCUCCGUAGCGCUAGGCCAGUCCCCAUGGCAAACUUCAGGACGAGCAUAUGAUGGAUGAGUGAGCCUAUACCUACCUCUCCUGCGCCUUUUCGAGGAUGGCCUACCCCUAUCAGAAGCUGCGAGACAAUGAUAUCAGAGUCCUGUAUCUUGCUCCGGGGAAAAGCUCAGAUCCGAUUCGCUGUGGUCUCAUCACCCUAUCUCUUGCCAACAAUCCCAGAUAUGAAGCGCUCUCCUAUGCCUGGGGUGUCAUCGACUCCUACAAUCUCAUCACCGUGGACGGCUGCCCAAUGAGAAUAAGAGAAAACCUCGAGACUGCGCUGCGCCACUUGAGAUAUGAGCAGAGGGAUCGGAUCCUAUGGGUCGAUGCUCUUUGCAUCAACCAAGAGGAUGAUGAGGAGCGGUCUCAGCAGGUCUCAUAUAUGAGCCUCAUCUAUAGCAAGGCAAUGUCAACUGUCAUUUAUUUGGGCGACCGGGAUAGUGACACCGAUAGGGCUUUUGAUGCGCUAGAAAUGUUCUCGCAAGAUCGCCAUCUUCCGGACCUUCCAAUCUGGAAGGCCGAUGAUCCAGGACGGAUUGAGUGGGCGGGCGUGCUCGUGAUCGAACGUAUACUGCUGUUUCCUUGGUGGGGAAGGACUUGGAUUAUCCAAGAGGUAGCUCUUGCUAGAAAUUUAGUGAUGGUCUGUGGUAAGCGCUCGUUGAAUUGGGAUUCUGUUGUGACACCAGCGGUGCACUCGAUGGUCAAACACGUGAACUCAUGCUGCAUGGGUUGCGUUGCGCAAAAAGACUACCAGAGGGCCAAUCGACGUUUAAAAUCGCCCUUAUACCAGUUGAUGCAAAAUUUGGAUACGAUUCGAAGAAGCAUCCAACGAGGAAGUGCACCCGCACUCUUGCAGUUGCUAAAGAAUUAUAGGGAUAGAGAGGCUACAGACCCACGCGACAAGGUCUAUGCUCUGUUAGGCAUCGCUGGGGAUGUAUCCCUCUAUGCCAUCAUACCUGACUAUCAAAUACCCUUUGAAGAAGUCUACAAAGCAACUGCGCUGCAACUUAUUCUAAUGUACCGGAGCCUUGAGGUGCUUAAUCUCACGCUUGGACUUUCGAAAUCCUCUGAUUUGCCCUCAUGGACGCCUGAUUGGCGAGUGUCUCCUACAGAUAGCAAAAAGGUUGCCAUGCAUUGCUCUCAUGAAAGGAACCUGGGAGGCUAUCGGGCAUGUGGCCGGAUGCCGUUCUUUGUUUUCCGCAGAGAAGCCAACUUCCUAUGCGUGAAUGGAAUCUACUUCGAUGACAUUGCUGAGCUCAGUGACGUACUUGAUACAGAACAGGAGACCGCCUUGAAUGAAACUCUUGCCCUGUGGGAAGAAAAGAUCGUUCAUAGGCAGCGGAUAGAACGGUCAUACGUGGGUGGGGGAGAUUGGCUGGGAGCUUAUUUCAGAACAAUGGCGGCAGAUCUGAUCAUGGUAUUACGAAGUGAACUAUCGAAAGAUGAGAUCCCGGUGGAUGUCAUUCCAAUGGCCCGAGAUGUCUUCCAAGCCUUCAGGCUGAAGACAGGUCUGACAAUGAAACUUGUUACAUCUCCGGAAAUAACAACAGAUCCAGAUAUUGUACAGAUUCCUGAUGAAGAGCAGAUGAAUAGGUUGAUGGCACUCAAGAUGGCCUUCCAAAACCGCCGCCUCUUCAUCACAAAAAGGGGAUAUCUAGGCACAGUACCCGAGGAGACCCAACUCGGGGAUACGGUCCACAUUCUUUGUGCCGCCAAAACGCCAAUGAUUCUACGCUUGGGACCGGUGACUUUUAUGGGCAGAAGUGCGAACGGUCACCAGGUUGUUGGCGACGCUUAUGUUCACGGCAUCAUGAAUGGAGAAGCGUGCAAUGGCACCCGGCCACCAAGGCCACACCUCAUAUAUUGAACGGGAUACUACCCAAGAUAUAAAAAGAUGGUUAAUAAACCAGUGCCAUAAGUGCAGUACCUGAGAUCCAAAGGACACUUAGUGCGGCAAUACCCAGAGAAGUGUAAACGAGGGCCGGUGCGAUAUGGAAGACGGGAAAGAAGGGGCUUAGGUAUGUAGCAGUCAAACAUCUACUAGCCUGACUUGGGCACAGUAAAUCAUCAUUCAACGGCCC